AAUCAAAACUUCAUAUGAAACCUAGGCUCUGUAUUUGAGACUUUGUCCAAAAAGCUAUUUAAAAAUGUCAACUAGGAUUAUGUUGUCUUAUUAACUCACUGAAGAUGACUUAUUCAAAACUAAGUGGACCAAUAUGACUUGAAGAUAAAGCACAUAGCCUGCUCAUAGGAUCGAGGGAUAUGAAGAUAUUAUUUUAGCUGUUUUGCAAAUGUAGAUCUUUAUGUCAAACCCUUGGUAACCUAACCCUUUUCAAUAUCCUCCCUUAAGCUCAUUGACUGAAUUUAACACUUAAGCAUACAAGAGUAGUACAAUAAGACCAUCAACAUGUUUAUUUAAGGCCCCCACAGUCUUUUAUUAAACCUACUUUUUUGACGCAAAGAUUCACAGAAAGAGUGACAGGCCUAUCUUUAAAUUUAAAAAGUAGGGUCUGAAUAUUUUGUCAGUAAACACAUUUACAAGACAGACUGAGGGAGUUACUGCUUUGUGCACAGGGAACUCAGACCAAAUAAACUGAGCUCCUCACAGAAGUUAUUAAAUCAAGGUUGCAUUUUAAGUCAUAGCUGGUCAAAUUUAAGAAAAUAAGAUUAGACACAUUUCUUAAAUACGAACCUGGGUAAUCACUAUGGCCUUAACCGUGGUCCAUUAUAUUUAAAAAGGGUGUGUAAAUUAAGAUAUAUCUCAUUUUGUAUGUCCUAUUCUGAUUUGUGACUGCAUACAAAAAUCUCAGAAUGUGUACUCAGAUUUGAAAGUGUGCCAAGAUUACAAUGUGAUUUGUUUUUUAUUGUGUUUUACUCUUUGCUUCCAGUGACCAUUCAGAGAUAUAAUGUCAGAAGGGACAAUAGGACUGGUGACGACAGAGACCAGAUCUGAAGAUGCUCCAAAGAGCUGCGAUGAACUGUCAGGGAGGAAGCUGCUUUCUCCUGAGGCUGGAUGCAUCGCAAAGAUAUUGGAAAACUGCAUCAGUGAAGUUGAGUUUGUAUUAACUCUGCCUGCUUUUCUGAAGUUAAACAGUUUGACUUGUGUUGCUGAUACAGAGUUGAGCAGGGCACUCCAAGAACAUCAAACUUUAGCUGAAAGACUUGAGACACUAGAAGGUCUCAGGCAGGAGUCAGGAGGAGAGCAAGAGAAGGGUAGUAAAGAAAGAGCUCAACAGGACUUCAAGAAGUCUGUCAAGAAUCUGCUCAGGCUUGUACGAGCCCGUCCAGAUGUCAUUUCUGAUUUUAGGUUAGAGCAGGAUAUGGAAGUAGGGGAGAGCGAGUCCAUACUAAUUAAUGAGCUCAAAAAGUUUCACAGCCAUAUGGUGGAAAAGUUGCUAACCAGUGUGAGUGAGGAGCUAAAGCAAACCCUCUACAAGCCUACUUCUUCACCCGUCAUUCCCUCUCACACAAUGGACCUCAUGAAUUCAACGGAAGAAAAAUUGUCUGCAGCAAUAACGGAAAAAGAUGCAGAGAUUUCUCAACAAAAUAUAGAGAUAGAAAAUUUGCAGAGUUGUCUAGAAGAGAAAAACAAAGAGGAAGCAGCCUUGUCCAUUUCUGGAGACAAGCAGCACCCAAAUGCCAAGACAAUGAAGAUGAUCCGUUUGGAACAGGAAAUAGAUCAACUGAAGACCCAGCUGAAGAGUUUAAAGCUUGAACACAGACAGGCAGAGGGAGUGAUCCUAGAGAAAAAUGAAGAAUUGGAAAAAGAUAUUGAAUCCCUGCUUCAAAAUUUUGAUGCUGAUAUGGGAGCACUCCAGACCCACCUGGAUUUCAAUGAAAAAGAACAUGAGAAGGAGCUGGAGGAGCUGAGGAAACAGGAGCAAUCAUUUUCUGUCCUAGAGGUGGAGUUCAACCAGAUCCAGGAGAAGCAUCGGCUUGAGGAAGAGAAGAGGAAACAGGAGAUGAAGGAUCUGGUGCUGAAGACCAAAGCUGCUAUUUAUGCCCAGGCCUGGUGGAGAGGCUACAGUACUCGCAAGGCUUUAAAGAACAAGGGCAAAAGCAAAAAGGCCAAAAAAGGCAAAGGCAAGAAGAUCAAAUAAAUCACUUAUACUGCUUAGUUACUCUUGGGAUACAAGGACACAAAUAUAUCGUAUACCAGAGAUUUUUUGGGGUGCUGCUGAAUCAUUCCCGUUAUAUUUGUUAUUCAGUCUGAUUUUAUUUGUCAUGACUCAUGUUAUAAACUGGUGUUUUACACAG